UGUGGGUUGAUCAGGGGAUUCCCCUCUUAAAAGGCGCGGAUUUCGCCGACGGGGCCAAGGGGCUGAUCGCCCCAAGGUAAUGUUCUAUGAAGAAUGCUAGCUUUUGUGAUGAGCCGCAUCGAACCGACGGUCGAUCUUUCAAAACUUCAGAAAUGGACGGACCAAGAUCCGUUCCUUUAAAAGAAAGCCUCCUCACUCAUGCCCUCGCGAUCUCCCCGUUGGUCUCCGAUUUGUCAGAACCAGCGUUAAUUGCUCGGGCGGAUGGACAUCAAGGAAACAGCGGGGGGUGAUCUAUAUCAUUAUUAUUUCGGUGAGGGGAAACGGAUUGAGAGAGUGGAAGACCGAGCCUCCCUUCCCACCCAACAUUCUCUCUUCUGAGAUCCCAUCCCUCCAGAACCCCUUUUUUUUUUUUUUUUCUCUUUCAGUUGUUGUUGUUGUUGUUGUUGUUCUUAUCAUUAUUAUUAUUAUUACGAUUUUUGCGUCUCUCUGUUUCCUUCUCUACUCGAGGGUCACCAUCCUUUGUGUGGGCGUUUGCGAUGCUGAUGCGGGGGAGAUCCUCUUCGUGAUCUGCCGCCGCCUUCGCCUUUACAGGCCCGACGUUUCUCCCUUCGGUUAAUCCUUCUCUUUUCCGGUGCCAUGGGACCGAUCUGGGGCCUCAUGGGCGGUGGCCUGGAUCUCUUGAUCGUGCUCUAUUUCGCGGUCUGGUUCUUGGGUGCCAGGUUCUUGCUCGACCGCCUCGUCUACAAGCCAUUGGCUGUAAGAUUAUUGAGAGCUCUACUGAUAAAUGAUGAGGCAAGAUGCUCAAAGAUUGCAAAGUGCUCGGAGUCAAUGUGGAAGCUGACGUAUUAUGCUGGUGUUCAACUGUGGGUUCUUUUGAUAAUCAAACAGGAGCCUUGGUCAUUGGAUACAAAGAAGUACUUUAAAGGGUGGCCUAAUCAAGAAUUGAAGCCUUCAUUGAUGCUUUUCUACAUGUGUCAAUGUGGAUUCUACAUAUAUAGUAUUGGUGCUCUAAUUGCAUGGGAAACUCGCAGGAAAGAUUUCUUUAUAAUGAUGUCUCAUCAUGUAAUAACUUCCAUUUUGAUCGGAUAUUCCUAUAUAACCAGAUUUUUUCGAAUUGGGACUAUUAUUCUUGCCCUACAUGAUACCAGUGAUGUAUUUCUUGAAGCAGCUAAACUGUUCAAAUAUUCAGAGAAGGAGACUGCAGCUAGUGUGGUAUUUGGACUUUUUGCAGUCUCAUGGCUAUUGCUACGACUAAUAUACUUCCCCUUUUGGAUAAUUAAGACUUCAAGCUACUAUUCAAUUGAGUUCCUGAUGUCAUCAAACGGUUUCCCCACCACUUUAUACUAUGUUUUCAAUACAAUGCUUCUUACCCUGCUUGUCUUCCACCUCUACUGGUGGAAACUCAUAUGUGCAAUGAUCAUGAGACAGAUGAGUAAUAGAGGACAAGUAGGAGAGGACAUUCGAUCAGAUUCUGAAGAUGGAGACUAAAGAAGUUGUCCAUAAGUCAGGAGUGACAGAUGCCAUUUUUUAGAAAGUUGUUACUAUUGACAAUCUUCAUGGUGCAGCACCAUAUUCAUAUGUUUUCCCCCUUAAAAGGCAGGUAUCAUGUGCUGGAUUUUUUUUUCUCGCUGAUGCUUUUUACGAUUUUGAUCUUUAUUGUGAAAGACAUUCAAAGAUGGGAGCAGGAUCAAUAUAGACAGUGACUCACAGGCAGAGAUGAGGUUUUGUUGGUUAUGGUCUUCGUUUUCUGUUCCUUUGUUCCCAAAGAUAACCAAGUCAGCCUUUUUGGAUGUAUAUGAGGUUUCUUUGGUAUACCUGGAUCACCUCCACAGUUUCUGUGAUUUGGGCUUAUUAGCCUUGCUAAUGAUGUCUAAAAGAUGUAUUUGGCAGGAAAUUUUCAUUUGAUUGCUGAUUCACAAUAGCGUUCUAAAUUUUUUAUUGGAAUUGCAUAUUGUUC